GCCACGCCGGAUGACUGACGUUGAGGCCCAACCAGGGAGAGGCGGGGCCAAGGCCAGGGCCUGACUAAACCUGGAGACUCGGGUGGCCGAGGGGCUUCAGACCAGCUGAAGAGCGAGGAGCCACUGGCAGCUGCGGAUCUCACCGCCGCUCCGGUUUUUAGAACUUCAGCCAUAAAAAUGGGCAGAAUUUUCCUUGAUCAUAUCGGUGGUACCCGUCUGUUUUCUUGUGCAAACUGUGAUACGAUCCUGACCAACCGCUCAGAACUCAUCUCCACUCGUUUCACAGGUGCCACUGGCAGAGCGUUUCUUUUUAACAAGGUAGUUAACCUGCAGUACAGUGAAGUUCAAGAUCGGGUCAUGCUCACUGGCCGCCACAUGGUUCGAGAUGUGAGCUGCAAAAACUGCAAUAGCAAACUGGGAUGGAUCUAUGAGUUUGCCACUGAAGACAGCCAGCGAUAUAAGGAAGGCCGCGUGAUCCUGGAACGUGCUCUAGUUCGAGAGAGUGAGGGCUUUGAGGAGCAUGUACCAUCUGAUAACUCUUGAAGAUACAGAGAGAAAUCCAUCUUUUCCCAGGUCUCCUUCACUGAAAACAAAAAUCUACUUACAUACACUGUCACCUUAGCAUCAGAGUCGGAUUAAUGAACUGCGGAACAAGAGGUUGUGAGAAUCUAAGAUGGAACCUUUCUUUCUUUUUUUUUUUUAAUUUUGUAUUUUCCAUCCAACAGCAGUGUGUAGAGAGAAUAUUAUGCAGAUGCCGUUAAUUUUUUACCCUAUGUUUACAUCUUGAGGCAGAAGAGUCUGCAGCUAUGUGGUGAGCGAUGUAAGGAAAAAAAUCUGGGCUGUUAGAGUGAAAAAGUGUGUUUUAUGUAAAUUUUGAAAGGAAAAUGUUAGGAGUAUGGUUUUUAAACUUGGGCUUCAUUUUAAACUUUUUCUUUUAAACCCAGUUAUCUCACUUGAUUUGCUAGCUUCAGAGAAGAGAUCCGAAUCUGUGCCCAGCGCUAAAGGCUCAGUGUUAUUAGCAUGGCUUGUGCUGGCCGGUGUGCCAUAUUCUUGUUGGAGAUGAACCAUAGCACCAGAGCCCAUUCUUCCUUGUCAGUCUUGACCCAAAGAUGUCACCAUUCCUAGUUAUUUGUCACCACAUAAUUGGUGUUGAUUGGAAACUUCUGAGAUGGGACAGAACUGCUGGGUUGUCUUUUUCCAUGUAACUUAAGCAUAGUAAUAUAAAUAAAGUAAUAGUUGGAUGCUUUUGGUCCUGUGUUGCUUUUAAAAACACCUUAUAAAAGAGGAGAGUAUUUGAUAAGCAAUUUUCAUAGUAGUAAAGUUUCUUUUCAUCUCUUAAACUAAAUUGACCAUGCAUAUAACGUUCUUUGUUUAAAUGAAAGCAUACUGUUUAAACCUGCAGUAUUGCAUUUAGAGAACAGAUGAACAGAAUGUCAAUGUGCAUUCAUGCAAAAAACAUUUAAUCUGCAUCUGUUUUAGAAAAGGGGGAAAUGAAGCAACUUAUCUGAAAAUACUGCUUUACACAGCAUUUCAGCCUUUUCCCCUCAGUUUUGCGUUGAUUUUUGACAAGUCUGUAGAGCCUAAUAGUUUCCAUCAAAGGCCUAGAUCUCUUAUGAGCAUUUUUUUCAGCUCUUCCCUCAGAAGUUCAGCUAUUGAAACCAAAACUGUACUUUGUACCCUCAAAUAGAAAGGGAUCAAAUUUGACCUGGUGUUAUUUUAGCCCCAAAUUUAUGACAUUACAAAGUAUUAAAAUGUAAAUGUUUCUUUAUCCAAAUUACUUCUAGGUAUUUUAGUAUUUGUUUCUGGUGGAAUUAAAUGAUGGUAAAAUUGGCUAAUUAUUUGAAUGAAUGAAUGGAUGGAUGGAUGUUUUGCAUGCCCAAUUUCUAGGUCUUUUGUCUAGAAAGGAAAUUUGCCUCAGUUGAAUUAGUGAAAUAUUUCUGUCGUUGAUACUGAAAGUGACUUCUGAGUACAGUUAAGUUCCUCUUAUUUGCCACUGGGCUGUUGGUUAGAAGCAUAGGUAACUGAUUAAGUAGGUAUGAUACUGCAUUUGAAAUAAGUGGACACAAACAACCCUUUCUCCACCAUGGACUCAAUCUGAGAACAGCAUUCAUUUCCAUUCAUUUCCAUACUGGCUUUUGAUUAUAUGCAGAUUCCUAGUAGCAUGCCUUACCUACAGCACUAUGUGCAUUUGCUGUCACAAUAAAGUAUAUUUUGUCUUGCA